AAGAUUUCCUUUACGCUCUACAGACGCACGCUUGUUGUAGCUGAAGAACAGAGCGACACAGAGCGACACAGAAGUCGCUCAAAGUGAAGCGUUUCAGGGCAGAAGGAGCUUUCCUCUUUCCACAGACGGAGAGACAGAGAUCGACAAAAUGUCGUCUACUGAGGCCGUCAUCAGAUCGAGACAGACGGAGAAAGAAGUCAAUGGAAUUUCAACACAGGUCGUCUGUACAGAGUUCAGCAAUUACAUAUUCAUAGUUCACCAGUACGGAAAAAUGGGGACAUUGAUAUCUGUCACACCUGACUCCAGAUCUAAUGAUAUCAGCACCCCAGCGUUCGCCACUAAAGUACUGCUGGGCAAAGAUGAGCCACUGACACAUGUUUGUGCCAAAAACCUGGCAACUUUUGUCUCACAAGAAGCCGGCAACAGGCCUGUCUUAAUGGGUCUGGCACUCAAGGAUUCCUCCAUAGAUGCAAUAAAACAAAUGAAAGAGAUCAUCAAAAGUUGUCAAGUCUGGUAAAGAGUCAACAUAAUGGACACAAAGCCUGAAGGCUGGCUGAAUACAGGCCUUCUGGAUGCCCCCAAUGUCCUAUUUUUCUUCUGUGCUUUUUGAUACUGAAAGGACUUUACUAUUUACUAAAUACCAGUCUGUGAUUUGAAGACAAAAUAAAAGCUGAUACUUGUGCAAGAAAGAAAUGUAUAUAUCCAAUUUGAUUGACUCUGAUCUUUUUGAUUUGUUGAACCAGUGAAUUUUCUUUGAAAAUAUUUUAGUGUUUAUCUGGUUGUAAGAAGGAUUUUCUGCAAGCCACUGUGCUCUCAAAAACAGAAAAAUGUCCCUUGAUUAAGUUAUAGUUUACUGUAUUAAAUACAUAUUGACCUUAAUCCCUUUGUUUGUUAUACUUCAUGCUGUUUGAUAUUUUGUUUUUUAGUAUGCAAAUAUUCUAAAUUGUUUCAAUAAGACAAUUUAGAAAUAAAGCUUAAUA